AUGGAGUCUAGACAUGAUAAUGCAGAGAACACGUGCAAUGGCGGCGAUUUGUCCUACAAUUUCAGUCUUGGGCCGUGCGAAGAAAGAAUUCGCAGACACUUCUUCGAUGGCCCCCAUCAAGAUUUGCUACUUGUUCACAACUUUUUGCAAAAACUGCAAGGUACAGCAAAGAGAGAUUACAGCCUCGCUCGGUUCUUCGAAGUACCGCUCAUUAGUGAUGCUUUGGCUCAGAGAAUGACUUAUAUGUUCACUGAUGCGCGACCUAAGAUCCUGGAGGCUUGCAGCGAUGACGUCAGUUGGAUCGAUGUUGUCCGCGAGAGCUCUCCGGAGGUCAAGUAUCAAGAUGGCAAAUACCAUUACUAUCUUCCGCAGCGCAAGGUCCGGGUUGAAGUAUGCCAGUUUGAUCAUCACCUGAUUUCGGCCGGGCAUCUGCGACAACUUAUUCACCCACGGUUCCAUCAAAUUGACGUACAGACGGAGCUUGACGCUCUCAACCUGAUGGCAAAAGAAAUAUCUUCAUGGGGCUGCAUACUCCUGGACAUGGCAGAUAUAAGCCAAGAUGUGCUCGAGAAAGUAGACGAUAUGCUUGCCCGGCUGGAAACCUCAAGUGUUUCACCAAUUUCCGGAGAUUCUCAGGCUGCACAGGCAAACUUGACUGACGCCGACUCGAGCGCUCAUUUAAGCGGCGCCACUCCGACGGAAGUCUCAGUGGGAAUCCCACGAAAGCAUGAUGUAGCCAAGAUGCCAUUUCCUCCUGGCCGCCGAUGGACCGGAGAAGAGAAAUCCCGUGUUGUUGGGUGGUUCGAGCCCCGGGCCCAUCUAACUGACAAAGAGAUUGAGCUGGAAUUCAGGAAGGACUUCGGUCAUUCGCGAACGAUUUCGGCCAUUCAAGCCAUACUUUAUCAGAAAGGCGCCGGGCAUUUACGCCGAAAAAAGAAGAUAAGGUCUCGUUCCAUGCAACCUGUAGUGGAAGUAACAUCGCAAGCAACGUCGAAUCGCCCCUUUCAAUUGCCGGUUUCAUCUCCUUCAACUUCCACUAUAGGGAGGUUUUAUCUGACGCCUUCACGGAGCCCAUCAGCGCGAGAUGUGCAUAGUGAUGAGGAAACCGUUAUUUGUUCUCCUUCCCAGUACUUUCAUCUGGGGAGCUCUGCAUCGUGCGGCACAUUGAAUCAUACUACUCACGGUCAUGCAGAUACGGAUGGGAUGAAUUUGGAUCGCAGUAAAACUGCAACCAGCAGCCAAAAAGGCAUCAACCUCAAUAUUCCCGAUACUCGGGACACUGAGGCUGAGAACAGUGGGCAGCAGACCACAAAUGAAACAAGCCAGGGUGCAGAGCCGCCAGCCAAUUCUCGUUCUUUAGAAAGGCCUGAGAUGUAUUUUCCGACUCAGGGCUUUAUACAAGCCCCUGAGAGUGUUGCAAAAACUCUGGCACCAUCUUCGGUGCGACCAACACAGCGUAUUCUACCAGGACCAGCACCAGCGCAAUGA